ACCACACUAACACACCAGCACAAGUUAGCAACCACUCCGAUUAAAAUCUCCAUUUGCUUCUACCCUGUUGGAGUUUCUUCACCUCUCUGGGUUUCUUGGCCUUCAACCAUGUCUUCCAUCAAAGAACCUCGUGUCAUCACUUGCAAAGCUGCGGUUGCUUGGGGACCUGAAGAGCCUCUGGUUUUAGAGGAUGUGGAGCUGGACCCUCCGCAUCCAAUGGAGAUUCGUAUAAAGGUCGUCUGCACCUCACUUUGCCGGAGUGACAUAACACAAUGGGAAUCUAAGGCACAAGCUCCUUUAUUUCCUCGGAUAUUUGGCCAUGAAGCGUCAGGAAUUGUUGAAAGCACAGGAGAAGGAGUGACUGAAUUUAAGGAAGGUGACCAUGUGCUUACGUUGUUCACUGGAGAAUGCAGGACAUGCAGACAUUGUAAAUCUGAUAAAAGUAACAUGUGCCAAGUAUUGGGACUGGAAAGGAGAGGUUUGAUGCAUAGCGAUCAGAAAACCCGUUUCUCAAUAAGAGGGAAACCUAUCUAUCACUAUUGUGCUGUUUCAAGUUUUAGUGAAUACACUAUAGUGCACUCCGGGUGUGCCGUUAAAAUCAGCUCAACAGCUCCGCUAGAGAAAAUAUGCCUGCUUAGUUGUGGAGUUGCUGCAGGUCUAGGUGCAGCUUGGAAGGUUGCGAACAUAUCAGAAGGAUCAAAUGUAGUAAUUUUUGGCCUUGGUACUGUAGGUCUUUCAAUUGCCCAAGGCGCUAAAUUAAGGGGGGCAUUUCGUAUAAUUGGUGUGGAUACCAAUCCUGAAAAGCAUGAAAAAGGGAAGGCCUUUGGGAUAACGGAUUUUAUCAAUCCAGAUGAUUGUAAUGAACCUAUUUCCCAGGUUAUUAAACGUAUUACUGAUGGAGGUGCCGAUUAUUCUUUUGAGUGUGUUGGUGACACUAGCAUGAUUACUACAGCAUUGCAAUCAUGUUCUGAUGGUUGGGGUUUGACUGUUACUCUUGGUGUACCAAAAGUGAAACCUGAGGUCACAGCUCACUAUGGACUGCUUCUUUCUGGAAGAACCUUAAAAGGCUCUCUAUUUGGAGGGUGGAAACCCAAAUCUGAUCUUCCAUCUCUAGUAGACAUGUAUUUAAAAAAGGAAAUCCAAAUUGAUCAGUUUAUCACACACAAUCUACAAUUUGAGGAGAUAAACAAGGCAUUUGACCUAAUGAGGCAAGGAAAGUGUUUACGGUGUGUGAUACACAUGCCACGCCAAUAUUGAUGAAGGUUCAUCAAUAGAAGCAGAGUCUCG